AUGCAUAAGGAUUGGGAAGCUUUUAGAGUGUCCCAGAAGAAGUUUGUUAGUGAUGAAAAGCGCUUAGCUCAGCUAAAAGCUAAAUUGGAAGCUGAUCAAGCCAAGUUUGAGGCUGAACGUAAAACCGAGGAGUGGUCUGUUGCAGGUUGGAAGAGGAAAGCGGAAGCUGAAUCUGCCCUCCUUUCUGAAGAACGCAAAAAUUGGAAGAGAAUUUGCGAAAAAGAUAAUGCUGAGAAGGUAAAUCUUCGCAAUGUCAUCAACAAUCUCAAGGCUGAGAUUGAAAAGCUGAAGAAACAGGAUGCGGAGAUAGAAAGGUUGAAAAAGGAGAAAGCUGAUGCAGAGGCUGCGCUAGAAGAAGCGCGUUCUCAUAGGGAGCGCAGUGAGCAACGAGAGGUACAAGCUUGCGCCACUCUUGCUCUUAGAGAUAAAGAGUUAGGAGAACUUACUGCUUUGCUUUCUGACCAGGAACAACUUAAAAAGGAUCUGGAACUUGCGUUUUCCGAAAAGGCAAAAACCUCUCGCCGUUUGACUGAAACUGAAGAAAAAUUGGAAAAUUCUGAAACGGCGCGAACCACAGCGGAAAGUGAGCUAGAACCUUUAAAGAGUGAUAUGGCGUGGCUGAAAGAUCGUGGAAUUGCCUGUCUCCCUGUUAUGGAUCUUAUAAACGUUGCGCUUCAAUCUGACGAUCACGUGGCACAACUGAAAGAAAUCUUUCCGGACGACGGUGAAGAUUUGUCGUAA